AUGCCAAGUGGAGGCUGCUGGGCCGUCUGCAAGGUCUCUCGGCCGGUAAGUUUCAAGACUAAGGGGGCGCUGUGCAUGGGUGUAUCGCCUGGUGAGGCGGGCACUCGAAAGGUAAGACCAAAAAGCCCUAGCAUGCGUCCGAACUCCACUCUGGGCGCGUCAGCCUCGGUAGAAUUCUGGACUGCCCGAGGUGGUAAUAAGCAGUCGCACCUUUUCGAAAAGGUCCCUGCAAGGGCCCCAGAGGAUCGGCUGCAGCCCUUGUGCGACCACACGUACGGGCUCUCCCUCGCUCAUUUCACACGCCACGGCCAAAGUCUAGGUAGGGCACAGGGGAACUUUUGGAAAUGGUCGGGCUCACGUUGCCGUUGCAAGGAAGAGGCUAAGGAUAUGGAUUCUGUUUUGCCACCGAGUUAUUUCUAUCGCUUGGGCCCAGGCGGUAAGGCUGGCGGAAACCCAAACGACCCGUUUGGGCCGGGGACCAUUUGGGUAAUGGGUCCAAAAUCUGGGUAA